AAUUUAUGGUCAUCUAUCCUGCUACUUUCGUUGUCAAGCAAGCUUUGCGCUCUAACGGUUGGUAAAGUCGAUGUUCUUUUUGUGUUCUUUAGUUAUGGUUAAGUGACAUAGAGCUGCUGAUUCAUCUACCCAAGGACUGAAUAGCUGGAAAAUGGUAAUGUUAGUUUAGCUGUGGGUUGAUGUUUGUAAUUCGCAUUUUUCUGCUCAUCUACUCGACUGAAACAGGUUCCUGCUGUAGGUGUUAAGACUGCUAAUGACAGCUAGGUAUAGUGCCCCGUAGUGGACAAAUCAAAUAGUUUUGAAAUAGUGUGCUCUGAAUGCUACAGUUAAGCUGACAGUGAAAGCCUUACAUAUGACAAUAAUUGAUUGUUUGACCUUAAUUUUGUGGUUAUCCAUGCAAGUCUAUCCUUCUACGCUUGACUUCGUUCUCAGGGUUCUCUGUUCCAUCGAUUCACUUUAUUACAGCACAAGUGCCCAAGCUAACCUGGUCUUUUUAGAAAUGGUGGUCAUAGUUUUUCCCGAAGGAGUUUCAUUUCUUGCUUCGUUUUUGCGUGCUUUUGUAUGCGUGAUUUUUCCUUCCGAUGGUGGUUCACUGAUUAAUUGUACCAGCAGCGAAAGUAUUUAUAUAUCUAUAUUAAUGUGCUUUGUCUCUAGUUCACUACAGAAGGCUGUGGAGAAACUAAAGGUUGCUAUGCAUCACCAGCGUCCUGCACUUCAAGCGAAAAUUGUGAUUUCCUGGUGACCUACAAUGCCACAAAUUCAACUCAUGUUGAAUUUGAGCUGAGUGGGAAAGGAGACUGGAUAGCAGUUGGUUUUAGCGAUGACCGAUUAAUGGUGGGUUGUAAUGUCUCGAGAAUGAACUUUUAGAUUAUGUUUUUAUUUUCUGAGUUCCCAAUGUACGUCAGGUGAUGUUACUCUAGAGAGCUGUGCCUUUGAAAAUUCGUCAUACUUACAUGCUUAAUAAAAACAUAAUGCAUAAUGAAAUUUAACAAUGGGCAAUUGACAAGGAACAAUACUUUUAACCAUAGGCCAUUUUAUAGUUAUGAUGAUUGGAAGCGAGGCUUGAGCUGACAUUGUUUUGAUACAAACGGUGAACCGCAGCCUCACAUUCACUUGAAGGCUAGGGUACAAAGUCCACUACUCUAAAAUGGUCUAUUGGAAUAACAAAAUACACAAGCUAAAGAGGUCUAUUUCGCAAGAAACCAAGAGCGUAUAACCAAAGCUUAUCAUAUAAAGUUUAAGGAAGCCGUUCCAUCGGUAAAUUUUGUAAGUUCGUGUGAUAUUCCAAAAAAUUAAUAACAAUCGUUGGAAUUAGUAUGUAGAUAAAAUGUUAGGAUAUAGAUAAAACAUGAGCCUUCAGUCGAAGGCGAGCUCUAGAAAAGUGUAUAAUUGACGCAAACGCUUUUGUGCAUAUGAAACAAAUCUUAAGCUUAAUUUUGUAUUAUCCGUAACUUCUUUGUGUUUGAGUUAAACCAAGUACGAGGAAAACUAGAACGUAAACGGGAUAAGAAGAAACAAAAAGUAAAAUGCGGUGAGAAACAAAAGGAAAUAUAAACUCAUUUCUGCAAAGAAAUAAAACUUUAACUUGACGUUUCGUACUGCAUACAUCUUCAGAAAUAAUAAGCCGUUGAAUAUCAACAGAAAUUUAAAUGUAGAAUAAGUAACUAAGGACCCAUCCACACGUAUUCGGAUAUUUUUGACUCUACAACUUUUUCUUUCCGCAUCACGAUGGUCGGUUGCUAUGGCUUUUGCUCCCGCAAACUGAGUAUUUUAGGCCAUAGACAGUUAGUUACUUAUUCUGCAUUUAAAUUUCUGUUGUUAUUCAAAGGUUUAUUAUUUCUGAAGAUGUAUUUCGGAACAUACGAAACGUCACGUUCAAGUUUUAUUUCUUUCCAGAAAUGCUUUUAUAUUUCCUAGUGUUCAUCACCGCAGUUUGCUUUUUGUGUCUUCUUAACCUAAAAUGCCCAAAAAACAAGAAUAAAUGGGAUAAACUCUUUAUCAGGGUUUACAGACACUCUAUGAUUUAACAUGAAUUUGAUUAUUUUGGCCAUGUUUUCUUCACGAACGUUUAAUAAAAUUUUUAAGCUUACGAAGCCAAAUACCUAUUUUAAAAAUGCUUUUAUAACCUUCCUCCUUGUAGUAGUCAAGACCUUCUAAUGUAGUGAUUGUAUAGGUGAGGUAAAUCCACAAAAAAAUUGACAGGGCAUAAAGUCAAAGAAUUAACUGUUGUAUACAUAAAUUCCAUAGGCAAAUACCGACAUUCUUAUGUGUGUUAAUGAUCAAGCACGCAGUGGUCAUUAUUACGCAACGGGACGAUCGACACCUUCAAGGACAAAUCCAGUAAGUAUAUAAAUUGGUUAACUUAAUUUCGCUUUAUGCUUUUUGCUUAAUUUUGCAAAGAAUCUAGGGAGAAAGGAAGUCGAAAAAUAUUUACUGAAAGUUCGAACAAGCUUGCUAAAAAGAAUAAAAAUCGAUUGGUUAAUUGCUAGAUGUUAACAAUAAAUAAAAAAAAGUUAAGGGGUGACUUCCAAUUAGGUUUGCGCAAAGGUAUUUUGAGCUCAUGAAAGUGAGACGUGGCUCAUUCCUUCCUUCUUCUGUCGAACCUCAUUAUCCCUCACGACAUGUUAUUAUUAACACGGGAUCCUGUUAACCAGAAUUGGUUAAGGGGACCUCCAUGUUUUAUUACAGGAUAAUCAAUAAAUCGCUGAAUAAGCCGAUAAAGCGCAAUAUGACUAACAUAAUAAUCAUUGAUAUAUUUUCUCGUUAUCAUACAUAAAAAGCUUUGGCUAUCGUAAAAACAUACAGCAUAUAUCAUAAAAAGCAUUUUCGUCAUCAUCACCGUCAUCAUCAUCAUCAUCAUCACUAUCACAAUUAUUAUUAUUGUUAUUAUCAUCAUCAUAAUCAUCAUCAUCAUCAUCAUCAUCAUCAUCAUCAUUGCCCAUGAAGAAAUAUAAAGUGUGACGGUUGUUACAAAUUGCAGUAGAACAUUCCAUCAUAAUUGUGAAAUAGAAUAUGUUCGUUCCUGACUUAUCCUAUUUACGUCUCGUCUCGUCUGCGGGUCAAUCCGGAUUGUCCCAGCAGGACCAGGCGGCAACCGGAUCUUUCUCGCUCUGACAGUGCUAUAUCCUGUUUAUGUACUUAGGGCAAUCUUCCGAGCGAUCUAUCCAGUAACUUACGUUGUCAUUAUACUAAAAGAUUUUUGACUUUCUUUCGACUUUAUUCCAGACACCAGCAGCAAUACAAUUUAUCGAGCAGGCAGACGAGAAUAAUAUCGUAAAAUGCAGGUAUGUAUAUGAUUGUUACCUGUGUGUAUAAUUUGUGAAUUUACCGGCGUUAUUCGUUUGAAAUAAAAGAAUUUUUAAGUAAAUGAUAUUAUUUCUUAUAUCUAAAACAUUUGUUUUAAAUCUCUAUUGCUUUUAGGGUUUCAAGAGAUGUAAAUCCAGUUCCAGCAAUAGCAAAUUUUAACGAUCUCAGCCAAGACGUGUUCCUUUUAGCUGCAUAUGGAAACAGAGACGGUUUGUUGUUGGCAUUGUUCCUUUUCAUUAUCUUAAUUUCGCUUUUGCUGUUGUUUUCUUUUCCUCUCAUUUACAGUAAAAACAUUAUCUACUUUAGUGCGUUCCUAUUGUUGCAUUCAUUUUCGGUUACGACAAAACGACAAAAUGUAGUACGAGUGUGAUGCGAUAUUUACCUACCAUAAAUGAGUUCUCAAUACAGCUGUAGACAUAGUAAUACAUCUUAUUGUUGUUGACAUGUAUUGUUUCAGUUCUUCCAUCUAUCAAUCCAUCUAAUCUGCGUACCUGGCGGUUUUGUUUGUUGAGCGCCCAAAUGAGCGGCGUAGGCCCCAGGAGAAUGGGGCAGAAAUUUCCUGGUACAGCCUCGUGCCUAGGGCUUUUUUCCAUUCCCUCCCAAUUUCUUAGGUUGUCCUAGUCAGAAAUGUCAUUUACAGAGAUUCGUGGUCAAGUAUUAGGACCUUAUGUGUCUCGUUCUCGUGGUUGAUGGUGCCUAUUUCUCCCCUUUUCUUCUCAGAGACGUGUAGACCUUAGAAACGUGUUUUGCAACAAUCUGAAAUUAAAUUUCAACUAUUAAUAACUACUGAAUAUUUUUCAAAUUUCUGUUCGUAAAAUACGCACGAGAGAGAAAUUAAAGACUCCUUCUGUUUUAAGGUGCAUCCAAAAAUACAAAACAAUGAGAUAGGCAGGCUAAAAAAAAUCAUAGAUGAAUAGGUAAUGCUGUCUUUGCUCCUCUAAGAUUCCUUUAAGUCGAUUAUUCGUGCGUGUGAUGCAAAGACUAGUAGAAUGGUUAUUAUUAUUUGAACAGGUUCAAGUCUACAACAGCACAGUAGGAGGGAAGCAUCUCCCCAAAAAGUCAUAGUUACCCAAGCUAAUUCCACUGUCACUAAUAGAUCCCAGGCUCCCCAGGUCAAUCCGUCCACGGUGAGUUUAGUGCAUAUUAUCUUACAAAGUAGAAGAUCACACAAACCAUAACCAAGCCAAAGGCCAAAGUUGAACCUACGGUCCAAUAACGACAGUUGGCUAUACGUGAUAUCACGCAAUCGAGCAAUUUUCAAACAACGUGCCUGUGCAUUGGGUGUGAUGUACAUCUACAGCCACAAUCUAUAACAGUUAUCCCCGAUUACGUAGAUAUGCUUAGCUGAAGCUCACAGUAUUGACAUAGUUAAUAGCAAAGUAGAAAUGGAUCAGUGCUUAUGAUACCAUUUAAAUAGUCGAGUUACUUGUAAGUAGAUUAAAUAGAUAGAAGUGUUACUAGAAACCAUCAGCUUUAUCCUUGUUUCAAUAAUUUGUUCAUGUUUGUUGUCCUUCAGCAGGGUAAUUAAAAAAGAUAUAAAACUAUUCUAGUGAGGCCUUAAACUGCUGUAACCUGCCAACACAGAAUGAUCACACCUUAAGAUUCCGUACAUUUCUGAACUACUCAAUUACAGGAUCACUAAAAUUAUUAGAAAAGAAAACAUCUCGGUACGCAUGCAUUGCCCACAAUCCUACAUUCUCAGACAAGACUUAUCCCACACUUCCACGGAACGCAAAUGCACUAGAGACAAAUGCCCUAUCUCUAACACCGGGUUGUGUUUACGACGAAAUGCAGUGUACCAGCUCACGUGGAACAGCUGCGAUCAGCAAUACAUUGGUACAAGAGAGAUCAUUCUCUUGUGAUUGCUAACACGACACGCUUCAUCCAUGCACGACCGCGUAAACGAACAUCUCAAUAAUGAAAACUCCUCUGUGAAAAAAAACAUAUCUACCCCUGCCAGAACAAAGACUAUGAAUGCAUUGAAGUCAAGAUUAUUAUAAGCGAAACGACUCCGCUAAUCUACUCCUUUAUGAAGCAUUUUUAAUUAGAAGGUGCAAGCCUACACUCAAUUCCCGGGAGGAAUGUACUCAACUAGUGAAUUUGCAGACCUUCUAUUUUAGUAUUUAAUGGCCUUUUUACAUGGAGGUGGGGGACCCCAGGUAAGUGAGGUAAAAUAUGGCGGGUCACCCCACCUAUCAUGUAAACGUGAUCAAAUUAAAAUGAUAGAUUAUAUGGACAAACGGGUUACCCCACCUAAGCUGGUUACCUCACCUACCUGGGGUCCCCCACGUCCAUGUAAACAGGCCCUUAGAGACCAUUCUUAACCGCUUUUAGAUGUCCUUUGUCCAGAGACGUUCCAUCAUUAGAGCUUUGUAUUCCAUUCACAGUUUAUUUCUAUAGCUUCCAUACAUACGUCACAUCUUUUACAAAUUUCACCCUACACCUUUUCUGCAUUUAUAUACCACGCGCCGAAAAUUUUCUUAUCCCUGAUGAUGCCGUUGAUCUGCGAAAGCUUGGAUUUUAUUUAUUUUAAACGGCAGUGUAAGGCCUCAUUAGAACAGUUUUAUACUUUGUAACUUUGUUGUAACAAAUAUGAGAUAACUAAAUUGCUUACGACUCUUUUAAAGCCAUCAUAUGAUUCAGAUUCAGUCACAGGAUCACUUAAAUUAUUUCAAUCCCUAAUUGUUGUAGCAAAGAAACUGAUGAACUUGUAAGUAUUUGCCGAUGCAUUAGGAGGGUUAAAUGAAUUUCGUAGGAUUAUACUGGCGGGUGGUUCUUCCCUAAAACUCCUUUAACCCGCGUACGUUCUACCUACCACUACAGUACAUUUGAAACGGCUCCCUCAUAAUAACAUAAUCAUAUUUAAAAAACAUUAUAUUACUUCUGAUCUUUCCCUUUUCAGCCGGCCAGCAUUAUGCAACAGGGGAGCUUUAGGUUCCCAGAUAAUUGCCCGGAUGCCGAUUGUGAUUUUCUCGUGACAUACCAAGCCUCUGGUGAUAACAGUGUGGUUUUUGAACUAAGAGGCAGAGGAAACUGGGCAGGAGUGGGAUUCAGUGGUGAUAACCAAAUGGUAAGUAACCUUAAUCUUGAGGAUUAACUUAUCUGUAGAGGCAGGGCAUAUAAAGGAAGUAGUGAAAGACGGCUGCAUCAUGAGCAAAUUUCUCGCAUCCAUAAAUUCAAAAAAUAGAGGUUGUUUUAUAAGAGUGUUUCAAUGGUUUGGAGGCACUCGCGGGUAGCGGUUAAUAAUUUGUCUUAGUUGUUAAUGCUAAAAAUUACUUUUUUCUCUACUGAAGUUAACAGAAACUAACCUGACAAAAGUCAGUUGUUCCAAAAGUUAAAAAAAUGUUAAUUCAAUAGUCCCCAAAUUCACUUUUUAAUAUUUGUAGUUCUCUUAGGAUCUUUCCCAGAUAAAAAAGGCUGAAACAGGCUACCACCAGCCAAACGGGGACGAAUCACAUACAGCCUGCGAGCAUACAAUCGACUCUUUCUGAAUGGCACGUUACGGUUAGAAAAGGUUAAACAGUAAACGUUUUCUUAACCACUAACAGUUAGCAUUUUUCCUUUUUUACGCCCAACUACUAAUAAUUUCAGCCCUGUUGGGGCCCUUUCUAACUCUUGCCUGGGUUUGAUUUUAUCUCGUUUUUCUACAGCCUGAUACAGACAUACUUAUUUGCGCCAGUGAAACCUCUCUAAGUGGCCAUUAUUACGCAUCCGGUAGAACAAGACCAACUAGGACAGAUCCGGUGAGUCACUUGUUGCUUUUCGUUGGCGAUAUGGCCUCCUAAACGUUGCUGAACAUCAUCCCUUGCCUUUAAUUAGUUUUCAUCAUAUUUAUUUAGCAUGUGGUUAUCCCAAGGUAGUGCGGCCGCCUUCUCUACUUCUUUGAUUCCAAAGCUCAUCACCAUUAUCGUUUUUCUUUAACUAUAUAAGCACGUGCGAAAUUUUCAUUUUCAUGUUUUAGAUAUUUUAAAGCACACAGUAGUCACAACCGCAUAUUUUUAUACAGUUUUAUCACGAAAGUAAAAUAAAGCAAUCAAUGUCUUGAGAACAUUUGUGUACGUUUAACAAAACGUUUUGUUUUAAAAUUUAAAGAAAAAGGUGACUGAGAAACAUGAUAUAAAGGAAAAAUAGAGCCAGUCAAGCAAUAAAUUAACGAGGUACCGCGUUGAAUCAUCAGAUCAACUCACACUUGCCAAAACGAUAUAUUUUUUAUAGACUCCACUCGCUGUAGAAAUCGCUGAACAAUCAUUUAAUGGUGGCGUGGUGUCUUGCAGGUAACUUAUCAUCACCAUCUUCAUCAUUAUCAUAGACCUCAUUAUCAAUGAAAUCAUGACUAUAAAUAUUUGUCAUGAUUAUCGUAUUCUCAAAACUAUUGUACCAUGUAAUGCAAUUAUGCAAAUCAGUGAAGGGUAUAGAGGACUGAUAGAUUAAGGGAUUUUUAAUUAUAUGCAAAAUUCACUUCACAGUUUAAAAAAAAAUUGAACAAUCGCGAAAUUUAUUUAGUACUUGUUUUUAAAAUUCCUGUGAUUUUGCUGGGGCUAGCCUCUGGUACAUGCUGAAGAAUGCAAAUUUUUUUUGGUCUUUAUUAUGUCUCCUUUACAGGAGCGUAAUUCCUGAAAACAUUUUUAUGAUCAUUAAAUCGGGAUGACUUAUAAGCUUUUCGCAUUAUAUUAGUGUCUUUGCGCACAUAUUUCUUUUACUAUGCCAUAAACAGACGGCAAUAAACGUUAAUUAGCAAUUAAUGAAUUCGGCUUGCGUAGGAUAUGAAGAAUUAAGCAGAUCGAGAAGGGUGUUAUCCUCAGAGGCCGAAGGCCGAGGUGGAUGACACCCUCUUCAAUCUGCUUAAUUCUUCAUAUUCUACGAAAGCCGAAUUUAUUAUUCAUUCAAAGUAAUUCCUAGUUUAAAAACAUAGGUAAAACAUGCUUACCUGCAUCGAUGUUAAGUUUAUCUUCGAUAGUUUACGUUUAGGUUUGUCCAGCUCCGCAAAUAUUCUCCUAAUACCAGAUGUCGCCCUCCGAAUUGUAUUCUUGCUGUUUUUGUUAUGUUUUUAGCCAUUAUUUCGCCUAGUUCCAGCUGUAGUUAUUGCUCUUGAAACGAGUGAAGCGUCUGCCAUUUCAGUUUUCACAACGAAAACAACUCAAACUCGUCCCCAGGUCUUCUCGGUUAACGGCACAUUAACCUGUAGAAGGCUGCAUUUUUGACGUAUUUCCUCGUUAAACACAAAAUUCUUCCAAAUUUGGUCAUCAGUAACUGGUUAUGGUGAAUUAUGCGUGUGCUUUUAGCCAAUCAGAAUAAUUGGGGAAAUAUUUUGAAUGAAUAAUAACAGAUAUUAACAGCCCCAGGCGAACGUUUCAAACUCUAAUCUGGGUCGACUUAAAUGAAAUUAAGAUCGUCAGUUAGGUCAGACGUCGCAUUUAGGACGCGUCGAAUCAAUAAACUGAAUCAGACCAAAAAGCAAUCUAAAUAACUUUUCUUUGGUGCCGGAGACGAUCUUUAGAAGUUCAGACGGAUACAACGUGUUGGACGAUCGAAACUCAUUCAUGAACUUAAUUCAGUAAGUUUGGUUCGUCUCUAGGCCUAACAGUGGGGUAAAAAAACGUACCCUUUACCUCCACCCCACGGUGUAAACCUCACCAUUUUCCUUCAUAUUCAAUUACUGUAAGCGUUCUGCAAAAAGCAAAAAAGGAAUUGUUGAUACCCUUAAUUCAAAUACUUUCUAGGGGAGCAUGCCCCCAGACCUCCUAGUUUAAAGCGCAGUUGACUCUCUAACUUUCUUCCCGUGCGUACAUAAAAUCUUACGUUUCACCCCUGCUUUGCAGUUAGGUUUAGAUAUUUAGUUUUUGUUAGGAUAACAUAACAAGGGAUUAUCAGUGAAGACUAGAUCGGUGGUGAUUUUUUUAUGGACAAUGGACUUAGGUCGAUUUACGAUAUUACCGGUAUACGACCAUUUACGACAUCUCAAACCGUAAUAGAAAAACAUACGCCUCGUUCACUGUCUUACUUUCAAAGCCUACUCAAGCCAAAGGUGGGCUACGAGGUCAUCCAAAAGGGAAAUUUUUGACUUUCUACUCACCUAAUCAUACUACUUUAAAUUUUAUGCGCAUAGAUAGGUAAGUCAAUCCUACAACCAUUCCCCAAGAUGUAAACUAGUGAUGUCGCAGUUGUGUUACUGUCUUAUAGAAUUACAAGGGAAGUAAAUCCGGGAUUAGCGAAUUUUAGAAAUCUAGCAGAGCAGCAGUUUCUGUUGGGAGCAAUCGGUGGCUUAAGCGGUAAGCACAUAUCUGAUACGUUAAUUGACAAAUUUUAAGUUCCAAAUUACGAGAUUAAACAAUGGAAUAGAUUUUAUCUUAGUUGUCUUGCAAUUUUCUGCUGCCCAAAAGACACCAAAUGUCCCGUUAUUACAGCAUUAUUCUGCAGCAUUUUUAUUAGGGAGCAAUUUCACUUAAGGCUUGCUUGAUUCACUCAGUAACUUCCCUUGGAACUUGCCUCCCAUGCGUCGCCAAAAAAAAUUGAUCAAUUAUAGGAAAAAGGAAUAAUUCUCGUACUACGUCUUAUAAAUUAUAAUUGUUGCCAUAUGAAUAAGAACUAGUACGAUAUAAUGUUGUUCAGGGUUCUCACAUUAGUAUGAGCUUGGGUGGUUUCGCCUAUUUAGCAACCUUUUUUAAGGCAAGUUUCAAGCUCUUUGUCUUGGUCGAAAUAACUAAAUAUUGGGUACACUGACAUCUUGCUGUUGAGGACUUUCAGUGAUAAACCCAUUGGUGACUGUCUAAGACAGUUUACAGUGGUACUUCAGAUUUACAAGAGCUUCUCUCUGAUUUAACAGGUGCCACAAUCGGGAUUCAUAGCGACAGACGUGCGUCGGCUUCUGUAAUAGAUGUAAGGUCAGGUGCAGAUGCUGCUGGAAAUAACGCUAUAGAGGCAAUGGUCCUUGCUCACGGUAUGCUAAAUACCAUGGUUGUCUUUGUACAAAAUGAAAAGCCAGUCAUGUGGUUUUAAAUAUUAAAUACGGGCCACAGGGCUAAUAGGGAUUUUAAGCAAAUCGGUCUGUUGCGUAAUCGCUACUACAUGAGUAUAAAAUUCGACUUUCCCCCUACCAUUUAGAUCACUGGUUUUAAAACCUAUCAAAGAUCGUUUUUCACUUUAUAAAGAAAGUUUUUGAAGCUUCUGGUUUUCCAGUAAUUACAUCCUUCCCGCGUGUAAUUAACAGCGACAACAGGGGAGGUUGGACAGAAGUUCGCAAAGGAUCAUGGGACGAAUUAUUAAGUAGCUCAGUUACAACGAAACCGUCGAGCUAGACGGACCACCGUGAUGCACGCCUUUUUGCCGAUUUUAGCCAUAAUUGUGCUAGCAUUCUGAAUAUUUUCGCACAAAAAGUUUAUCGUAUCAAAGAUGUUAUAAAUUCCUCACGGCUAAGUUGUUGAGAUGUCUUUAAAACAAGCCAUUUGGCGUCGUCGAAAGUUAGUCGGCUUGUGGCUUGCAAACAAAGCGAGCUGUGUCAACUAAGUGCGUUCACCUUUCUAGACAGCAAAGGUUAUUGCGAAUACACAUUCAACUGACCGAUUAAGAAUUCGAAUGAUGGUUAGCAGAGUAAUGGGCAAGGCAAACGUCCCACAGAUUUGAGAUUACAAUUUAGUAUCUAUCGAUAACUUAGUUUUAAUUGAUCGAUGGUCCUCUUGAGUUCAUUCUUUUGAUUGCUCAUUUGUAGUUUACAAGAUAAGUAAGCUUAUAUUUCGAUUCUUGAAGACUUUGUCAAGGACUGAAGUCAUAAGUAAAGGUGUAUCUGAAUGAAUGCUAGGUACAUAAAACACAGCUUUGGCGAACGUAAGUUUUCUCUUGGACUGGACUACUUCAUAAUUGGAAGCAAGAAAACUCUGAGUAAAUUCCUCAUAAAAAUCUAUUAAUUUUAGAAUUGUCGACAUGGGCUUCCCAAAGAGAAAAGAAAAUCACAUGCAUUUCCAAUGAUACAGAUAUGAGAUUCUCUCGCUUUCUCAGUCCUUUGAGCGAUGACUACACUUCCAUUUCAGCAUAUUUUUUAAAAUAUGCUGAAAUAGUGCCAUUUUUUCUUUUAUAUCGAGGUCCCAGCCAUGCAUGACCCCAUUUCCUCCAUCAUAAAUAUUACAUUAACAGGUGACUGAAUGAACAGUAUUUCAGGGACAGCAUUUUUGUUUAAAAGACUCAGUGUAGUGGUUUUAUUUAGUGUAGUAGUGGUAUAAAUAUCCCUUACAGAAUGAUAUCCAGUGGUUGGAGAAAUAGUGGUAAAAAAAUGAGAGAACCAUCCAGCAUUAGGCAUCUCCGACUGCCAAGAAGAUCACCAUCACUAAUUGUGUUCAAUAUCUGGAGAAGAAAAGAAAUUACUGUUUUUUCACCCAUGUCUGGAAACAUUGUGAAUACUCAUGCGAGACUUAUUGUUCUCAUCCCUUACCCACUGUUCAAGAUAGGAAAUGUCUCUGACCAAAAGCACAAAAAAGCGAAUACAGUAAAAAUCUGCAACUAAAUAACCUGGUUGUUAAAAGCCUACCAGUGUUAGGCUAAAAUUUGUCUGUUAGGCCCCCUCUAUACAAGAACCUGUUAAGCCCAAUAUUUAAAAACAGGUUCUUAUUUUCUAAAAUCUGUUUAAAAAAAUUCUGUACACUUGGGCAAAUAAGAUAUGUCAACAUUCGGCACAGGUGCCUUAUCACUGCGGACUAUGCCUAUCAUACUGUAAUAUGUAAUGGUACCACUGAAUGGUCUUUGCUUGAAUCUAUUUUUUCUUCAGAAAAUAAGAACCCAUCCUCGGAGACCCAGGGGCCUAAUUUUGUGCUAAUUAACAUUUUAAAAGUAAUAAUGGAUACUCAGAUUUGCCAGGACUUGAAAAUCUGUGGUAUGCCUACUCGCUGCAAAAAAAGAAAACCUGUUAAAAUAUAUAAAUACCCUGGAGAGUAACAGAUCUGAUUAAUUUUCACCGUCUUUGAAUAAGAAAUCUGGAGGAAUAGAAAAACUAAAAGUCAACUAAUUGCUCUGCUCUCUGCUACAAAAAAUAUCAGUCAGGCAUGUAGUCAAAGAUUAGUUUCAUAAUUAUGUACUUUAUGAUACAUGUAGGACAACAACUACUUUGAUUCUUUUACUACAUUUAUAAGAUGGCAUUUUUUAUUCUCCUUCUUAACAGUUUAACUUCAUAAAAGGUAAUAAUAUGCACGGCAUGUUUACCAAAUCUCAGAAACAAUUAUUGUAUCAAGCAAUAAUGAGUUAUCUAUUGUUCAGGAUGUAUCUCUUUGGCCUUGUGCUUGUAAAUCUAGAAAGAAAAGAAAUCACAAGAAAAACUUGAUUAGGAAUUUCCUCCAGCGUCCCAAACAAAAUUAAAAGCUCCCAUAUGAAGAAAGCAAAGAGAGUGUACUUGCACACUAGCUCAAUGUUAUUACUGUAGCCUUACACACUACAGAUGUAUAGGCAAAAUCAAACGUGGCCAAAUAUGCUCCCAAAACUGAAGAGAGCUCAUAUGACCCCCCUUUGAGCGAUGACACACAACUUAAUCUACGUGAGAAAACGAUAAACUGUACUCACUAUUACAAAAACUAAAAUGACGAAGACUGAUUGUGAGGAUUUACGAUGAGAAUGUGGGGGGGGGGGACGGCGAGGUUCGACCCUACAAACUGGAAGAUCAAUAUUUUUUCUUAAAAGGUUUGUGAAAAGUAGACCAAUAGAGGCACGGAGAAGCGAAAGACUCGCACUUCAAAUUGUAUCACUCAAACCACCCAAGAUGAGCAGCCAUUUUGGAAUGUUGAGCAUAGCUCGAUGAAAAAAAACACUAAAACUCCACUCACCUUAAAGAUUUUCGCAUCAAUACAAUCAAGAGGGCCAAGCUAAACCAGCAGAAGAAUUUCUUCACGAAUCGAUGACGGAAAAAGAGGAAAAAAACCAAAUUAUUGAGGCGAACUAUGCUUGGAAUAUUCAUCUCACGAUCUACAGCAAGAUGGCUUUUCUCAAUCGUGAUUGGUCGAAAUUGCUCCCGUGAACCUUUGCAAACUGCACUCCAACCUCUUCUGCAGCGACAACAAAUAAGUGGGAAACCCCGUGGUCACUGUUUGGACGCCGCGCUACGGUGCUAAUAAACUCGAUUUAUUUUGACAUAAACUCUAAAGUAUAUGGUCACAGAAAAGGGAACGGAACUGAAUGUGAUAUACCACACUAUACACACACCGUGGCUUUUUUUAAUCAUGGUGGCGAGCUGUGUAUCCGGAGUAUUCAAUCGAUAAAAAUCGGUAUCGAUUUAUCAAUCUAUAAAUUUGAUUUGAUUGAUAUCAAUUGUAUCGAUCAAUCAGUAGAAAUCGAUGACACACUCGUUUCGUUCAUCGAUUAAUAUCUUGAUUUUUACCGAUCUCAUCGAUUUAUUUCGUAAGAUACAUCUGUUCAUCUGUUCAUCAAAAAAUGAAAACUGAAUUCAUGCAAACAGUAAAUUUAUUGACUUUUGAGUUGAAAGAGAAAGGAUCAAACAUUUAUCACUAUUUAAAGAAAUCUUUAAAACAAUCUUAUCUUUUCUUUAAAUAUAUUGGCUAGGUUUGUAGGGGCCGAUCUGCCACCCUUUCAAAAUAACGUCGUUGUAGUUCCAGGUGUAAUCCUUCAUGAAGGAACGGCCUCCGAGACACCGAGGCAUUAAGUGGUGUUAGCAAUCCGGUUAUCUGGUGUUAUAUUAUUAUUUUGGUUAUUUGGUCUUCAGCAUCUGUCGUCAUUAGUGGAAAGAUAGUAAAGGUACAGUAAACACCCGUAUAUAAGAACAAAUGGAUUAAGAACACCAGGCUGAAGUUUAGCCAAUAAAGCCCCAUUUUUACAAGAACAAGAUCAGCCUGAAAAUUGUAACAUGUUCUUAUAAAAUGGAAAAAGUGUCGUAAUUACAAAACAUGUAAGUUUAUGCUUGCUGUCAGAUAACUUUAUUUGUUGAUAUAAUCAAAUUACAGAAUAAUUGUUUAUUUUGUUUUCCUAAAAUAUGCUAAAUACAGGGUGUCCCAAAAGUUCCUUCCUCUGCUUUAUAAGUCUGUAUUCCAGUACGAUUGGACUUGGUAAGCAAAUCAUUUCAACAGAAGGUGUGCCUUUCAAUAUAAUUCACUAUUUUCAUACUUCUUGUGCCAUCUUUUGACUCGAAUAUUCGAUUUGUGUACUUCCGCGCAAAAGGUGCGCGUGCGCGAGUAUAUUUUCCAGCCACAUAUUUUUUGUAUUUCAUAGCCCGAACUGCUCUAACUCCUUCCUUGUUUCUUGUGAAUAUCACGAAAGAUAAACCCCCUUAACACAAAAACGUUCAGCUGCGUGAGACCAUAAGCCUGUAUACUUCGAUUUACUGGCUUAUCUGUUGUAGAAAUUUCUAAAAAUCCCGUAAAAUCCGAAUGUUGGGUGGUAGAAUGAUCAUAGAGAAAUGAAGGUUAUGAAGGCAAGGAACUAACUGGAAGACCAAAAGCCCUUAAUAAGGCAGCUAAAAUAGUUUUAAAGAAGGCUAGAUGCAAAUAGGAGACUCGACAAGGAAGCUCAGUCUCACAUAGUUAGCAACCCAAAUAAAAGGGUCAUGAAAAGCUGUUUAAAAUGUUUAAAAUUAGAGGCCCCUGAGAUGGCAAAAAAACCUCUGCUUAGUCUGCCAAUUAACGCCCAGCUCGUUUCAAAUUUGUAAAGAAGUACAAAAGCCUUGCUGUGGAAGGAAGCCGGGAUGAUUAUCUUGUUUGUCUAAACUAACCAAAUUUUGUUUGAGGGUUGAACUGGAUCCUGCGCACCAGGUGAUCAAAAAGCUCAAAAUGGAUCAUUUGUGGGUCAACACGCUGUAUCCCACUUCAUGCCGCAACGGCUACAGAAUGUGAUAAAAAAACAAAAAGGGCAUGCCAGUUACUGAAAUUCUGAAUACAUGUACUUGAUAGAGAAAUAAACAUGUUCUAGAAAUUUCAUGUAGAAAUAAAGUUUUGAUCAAAAGUUACAGUGCAUGAAAUUAGCGGAUCGAACUCUUGGACACCCUGUAUACCUCUAGCAACACGUUUUUGGAUAGUAUCACUAAAUAAAAAAUCAAGAACAUUUUAAGAACAUUUUGAGGCUGAUUUGUCAUUAAGCACCCGAUAAAUAAGAACUUAAUCAGCCUGACCUCCAAAAUGGUGUGUUCUUAUAUGCGGUUGUUUACUGUUUUCUAAAUUUCAUUAACGCAGGCUGGUUAUGAAGAAUUUGCCAGGUAAUUAAGAUCCAUCAGAAACGGGGGGAGAUUCGCAGUCCGCGCAUUAAAAUAACGGCUUAAGAGAACCAAAAUAGCAUGACUUAUAAAUUGACCAAUAGAGUUCAGACAGAUUUCAAAGCAUUGCUAAAAUUUUCUUCAUAUUUUUUUUUACUUGUGUUUACACAACGCAAUUAGGUAUUCUGAUGACCCUUGCUUGGCUUCUCUUUGCUUUUGUUGGUUUAUUUACGGCAAGAUACAUGCGUCAAGUUUGGGAACCAACAAAACUGCUAGGAGAAAAAGCUUGGUUUACGGUUAGUAAUUAUGGAAAAGAUAAUAACACUCAGAGUCUGACUUUAACAUCUGAUCUAGACUGGCACAGUAGAAACGCCUGAGAAAUUAAAAGUAAGAAAUUAACAAAUUAAUUAUAUUUUUAUUCUGUUCAGAAGGGAAAGUUCUAUUUCAGUCGAACUUUUUACCCUACGUUUAAACACACGACACAAACAACAGUGUUUAUGUUUUACUGGUAAAACGUUAGCACGUCCAGUGUGAGUGUUUUCGGCAGCUUUAUAAACGUUCCCGGAGUAUUCCACAGGAAUGCCAAAAAAACUAUUUCGAUUCUUUUUUUAAAACGUGUUGAUUGAAAAAUGUGGGAAAAAAAGUAGCCAGAAUAACUAAGGCUGUUGAGAUAUAGUUUAGCAAAAAAAAAAGGCCUGUUUACGCGGAGGUGGGGGACCCCAGGUAGGUGAGGUAAUCUACUUAGGUGGGGAACCUACCUGGGGUCCCCCACCUCUAUGUGAAGAGGCCCUAAUAGCCUCUCGCUAUAGAAAAGAAAUAAAUUGUAAUGUUGGUUUUCAAUGGCACGCCAUCAAAAAUGAGGACGGGGCGUUAAUUUGGUCUUAUUUUCCGCAUAACAAUGAUAUGCAGUAACUGUAUUUGUUUAGUUCGUUUUAUUCGACGGGUUCAUCGAACGCUGAUGAUUAUAACAUUGCUACUGACGAUCACUGGAACCAUUGUGAUUUUUGUUUUUAUAGAUGGCUAUUCAUCGGUAAGUUUUUUCGUUAUCGCUCUGGGCAUAAAGAGAUUCAGGAAGCCUUCAUAUGUACUACUACUACUACUACUACUACUACUACUACUACUACUACUACUACUACUACUACUACUACUACUACUACUACUACUACUACUACUACCACCACCACAACCACAACCACAACCACAACCACAACCACAACCACAACCACCACCAACAACCACAACAACCACCACCACCACCACCACCACCACCACCACAACCACAACCACAACCACCACCACAACCACCACCACAACCACCACCACCACCACCACCACUACUACACCACUACCACUACCACCACCACCACUACCACUACCACCACCACUACUACUACUACUACUACUACUACUAUUACUACUGCUACUACAACAACAACAACAACAACAACUACUACUACUACUACUACUACUACCACUACCAUUACCACUACCACUACCAUUACCACUACCACUACCACUACCACUACCACUACCACUACCACUACCACCACCACUACCACUACCACUACCACUACUACUAUGGUACUGCUACUGCUAUUGCUACUGCUAUUUUUAUCCAGGAUACCCUCAGUACAAAGUGCUGUUAUCAAAGGGACCUGCUGACUAAGAGUUGAAACUAAUAAAUAAGAGUUACUAAUUAAAAAUAAUCAUGUAAAAUAAAUUAAAUUAAAAAAAAGCAAACAGGCAAUAAGGUAAAGCACCGUUUGAGACAACGAUAGAAAUUACAAGGAAUAAUCGUCCAAGGUUUUCCUAAAUAAAACUCUAGAAUUAAUGAGUCCUCAACUUGAAAGCAAUGAAAAUACGGAAAAUAUAAAAACUACGGCCUGUAAAAUCGUGUUCAGUGACCUUUCGCAGUUUUGCUGUUUUACCAUUGUUUUUAAAGUGUUUAAAACGUUACGAUGUGAUCGUUGAAAAUAAUUCUUAAAUGGAAAACAUGCAGUACCAUUAAGACAGUCAAAUACAAAAUAGCAUGCUUUCUUUUGUAAAAAGUUGUCAAUUAUUAAAAAUCGAAGAUCACAGUUCUACGGACUGAAUUUCGGGUAAAUGUUUUCGAGGCUUCGUUUCCCAAUGGAGUGGAUCAUGGGUUUAACAAGCAUCAUGUGACUUAAUAGGGGUCAUCAAUUAAGUUACAGUGAAUGCUUGCGCUGGCGUAGCCUUGACGAGAAUGCGUCUGACAUUUCGCGACGCCACCAAGAUUCCGCCGCAAAAUGAAACCAAGUGUCGGCUCUCGGGCUAGUUUUACAGUGCCUUCGCCUCUUGUUUGGUAAUAUACCGACGAAGAACCUAUUGGCGAAGUUGCUGUCGCGAAGGAGGUUUGAAAAUCCGAUCUGAGCUUGAAAUUUCUUUAAGAAUAUUCCACAUUAUAUCAAACGCUUGAAUUGUUUAAUCUGAUAUUCAGACAUUACGAAAGCUUCAGGUGCACUUUUAAACGGUUAUACCUUUCAAAUGCAUGCAUCAGUGUCUUUUUUGGACCCACAUAAAGAUGUUCGCUUGCGGGUAUAAACACCAAUCUCUGUUUUGAUAUUUCUUCAUGUUUGAUGAAAAUUUUUUGAUACCAUCAUUUCCUCCCUUUUAUAACAGAGUGCAGAACCGCAUCCAUCUCUUGGUAUCGUUACAAUCGCAUUAGCGCUUAUUCAGCCGAUCAUGGCAGCAUUCAGACCACACCCUGGAGAACCCAAGUAAGAUUAAACUCUUUAUACAGCUGCAACGAUAAGAGAUUAAUCUCGAAGUUAAUAACGCUUUAUCAAAACUGAGGGGAUUGAAGCCAGGAGCAAGAGACUACUGGCACCGUUCAAGAUAAAACUGACAGCCACAGAAUAAAUGGACAACCGGCAAUUGUCAUUUGGCAUAGGUUAACGGAUGCCCCAUUUUCACUCCUGCCAAUCUUUUUAUUUUCCGCCAGUCGCCAUGUCGCCAUGUCACACAUAUGGCAAAACAUCUUUCUCGUGAUCUUAUGAUACUAAUUAUAACAACAAUUGUUAUUAUUAUUGUUAGUACUAUUAUUAUCAUUAUUAUUAUUAGUGUGAAAUUUCACAGUGUGUCAGCAACGAAAGGAUGGACGAAUGGUGAUAAAUUAACCAAAAUGUCCUGUAUCCACUUAUUUAAUGCAUAUUCUCGAACCCAUGCAUGCAAUUCCACAGCCAUGACUAACACAGAAGUCAGCCAUAGAAUAAAUUAUCUUGGUUAUAUAAUGUUGCAGUUAUAUUCUGUAAUUAGGCAGUUACAAUUUAAUGCGAGCUCCGCUCUUAGGCGUCUCUAAGUAACCACAAUGGACAGUCAACUCUUUCUUAGCCAACUGGAAUACCCAUACCAGGAAUGUAGUUGAUUAUACAUGAAGCACAUGUAGCUUCUUGUAAUAUCACUGAAACAUUAUCUUCAGUUCUCACUUCAUAACAGAAGCUCUUUAUUUUUAUAGGCGCGAAAUUUUCAACUGGUGUCACAGAAUUGUCGGCAUUGGUGCUCUUGUUAUGGCAAGUAAGUGUUUUAAAGAGUAUAAAAUGUAUUAUUAUUAUUAUUAUUAUUAUUACAUUAUUAUUAUUAUUGUUAUUGUAUAACUUGUAAUAAAUCCAGAGACGCAACUUAUGCAUCUGCUUAAAGAAAGCGUGAAAAGAUUCAGGGUUGCCGGAGUGCCGGUAUUCUGCGGAGAUAGCAGUGCGGUGCUUUAGCCAAUUGAGCUAGCAAGCCAACUGGGAACUGAACAUAAUAUUGUUUCUUUAUGGAAGCUGACAUUUCGCAAUUCCAAUCCGAUUAGGGAUUUGGGUCGGCCGGCGCCCACACAAACCGAGUGACCAUUCUUAUUUUUGACUUAGAGAGAUGUAAGGGAAUAUCUUGUGAUAUCACAGUCAAAAUAGUCUGUCUGAAAGAAAGGCGAAUUUAAACGAUUUGAAGCGUUUGCGAAGGACGUUUACGUGAGUUUAACCUGUUCCAGGCCCUCGGAUGGUAGGGGUGACGCGAAAGUGAAAGGCACGCGAAAAUAUGAGCGCGUGGUAUAGGAAAAGAGGGAUAGUAGCGGGUUUUAUAUUCGUGUUCGGGCUUUCCUCAAUUUCGUGGACCCGACUAUCUCGGAACCUAGAAGAGGCUAGUUUACAGUAAAAGUGGUAGCUUGCUAUACAUGAGAGGAGAGGGUCUUCACCAAGAAAUGCCAUUUGCAUAGCCGUCUACUAGACAUGCUAAAAGCCAGAAGAUUUUUCUCGUACAAUUAUGAUACAAAUCUGUCUAAAACACGAAGCAAUCGAAGCAAUCGAGGUUCAAGGGAGCUACGGCUGGAUUUAUUAGUGUCGACCUCUAACGAUUACUCAUUUUGUUCCCUUCUGAUGUGAUUGUAGCAAGUUUUGCCCUCCUGUAAAUUUGUCCGAUGGGAGGGGAGGCAGGAGCAAAAACGUCAGCGAAACGGAAGGCUGAACGUUCGGUUUUUCAUUUUUGUUUUACAGUUGUAACAAUCGACUACGGACUGGCAACGGAAAAGGUCGGAUUGGGAAAGGAAGGUUUCCGGGCUAUUAUAGCUUUUAUUAUCGGAAUUGGGCUAAUAAUUAUGUUUGAGUUUUAUUUAUUCAUCACCAAAAUAAACAAGGAGAAGAGAACCUUUUCAUCGAACAAUAGCAGAGGUAACAGGUUACAAUUCUUUUGUAAAAAAAGCAUUUACUUUGACAACCAGAAAACCUUGGGUGGUUGAACUAGGCUUGUAUCCUGGUAACCAUGGUUUAACAAAGCUUUUGCUUGCCUCCAAUGUCCUUGCAAUGAAAGCUUACGCCGUAGUCGCUAGCUCAUUGUAUAGCUUACCUUUAGGGUGCGAAAGUGUUUCCCGAAGCUCCGAGUAAUUUAGAACAGCAUCAUAAGAUUCUUACCUGUCUUUCCAUACGUUAACCCUAGCCUCAUUCAUUCAUUAACUCACUGUAUGAGGAAACAGUAUAAAGUACCAUAGGUGACGCGCGACUCUUGUGCUGGACGCGCCGGUGUCGCGUUAUAGGCGUCUGUUGAAGAUAAGAGACCUUGUAUGAGAAAUAAAAUACUGAGAUCUGGGAACGCUAAAUAACGUUAAAUCUAGUUUUCCCUUCAAUGAAAUGAAUAAAUAGGACGUACCUGCGAUGUAUUCCACUGUUUUGGUGUCUGGUUGUCGUUUUACUGCUUUUCUUGGUUUUACUGCUUAACCACUGUUACUCCCUUCAUAAGACAUAGUGAAGGCUGGUCAUUUCGAUACGGCAGGGUCCUGGACCAACAAGAAUGCCAUAUUUUCGCCGAAAUUCAAAUCCACUGCAAUUUUUUUUAGCUCCUGGCCAAGAUGGAAACCUCUUCUUCUUCUUUGGGAGAUCGGCUUGAAAAACUUUCGAAAUUUCUCCGUAAAAUCGAGCCAUUUGUGCCGGCCUUCGAGGCACGUAUGGCUUUCGUCCAGUACCUGUGACCACGCGCUUAUUAGCUAAUUUACACUUGAAAUUGGACACGUCGCCAGGGUGAGAAUUAGCACUUACAAUUUGCUGUGGAUUUGAAUUUCGGCGAAAAUACGGCGUUCGUGUUGCGAAAGGUCCAGGACCCUGCCAGAUGGAAAUGACCAGCCCUCACUUCGUCUUAUUGAGGGACUAACAGUGGUUAUGCAAGAAAGCCAAGCAAGAAACCAAUCAGACACCAAAACACAGUGGAAUACAUCGCAGGUACAUCCUAUUUAUUAUUUCAUUGAAGGGAAAAUUAGAUUUAACGUUAUUUAGCGUUCCCAGAUCUCAGUAUUUUAUUUCUCAUACAAGGUCUCUUAUCUUCAACAGACGCCUAUAACGCGACACCGGCGCGUCCAGCACAGAAGUCAAGCGUCCCCUAUGGUACUUUAAACUCUUUCCUUGUAACGUGAGUUUGGGGCCACCUGUGAUAAGCUCCUAGCAUUUUAGCUUUCAGUCUCGUCAAGCGAGUAGCUGGACUUGCUCUUGCAUACGUAAUACUUUUUCCUAGCCUCCCACGCCGACGUUCUUAGGGGUUCGUCACGCGUUCCUGCCCCACAAACGUCUGCUGAAACGAGGGGUUAAAUUCCUUUCCCACUGUUUGCAAAUAUCAGCUGGAGCUCACGUGCUGACUAUCGGAGAACCAAUCGGCGCUAUUGAAGUCAAAAGUGUUGACAAGCCAAACACAAUGUACCAGCUCUGUAGAGUGCGAUACGUGACCAAAGAGUUUUGCUCCCGACAAGAAUGUAGGAGAUAUGGUUUGGCUUUUUGUACAUUUCUCUCUGUUUGAAGGCGUGUGAGUUAACUGAGCAGUUUCUUCUAACCAUUCACGAGACCUUUCUGUUCUGAUCUUUUCUGAAGUCUCGCGGGAAAUUUCUUAAGGUCCAAAAUGCACUUCCCAGAUCUUGAAGUGUGCUGUGAUUGGUCUACGUUUCUUCCCUCUCGUUUCGGCAAUUGUUUACAGUGGGACAGGGACGCGUGCCGAGCCUCUAACAACGUCUGCGAGGGAGGCUAACUUUUCUCCGCCCUCCCACCCAACCAAAAGCUUUUUAUUUACUCGCUAUGCUUGUCACAGCGAGUUGUCCAUUUUAUUUGUAUUUAUUUUAAUGUAAUAUGUAGGGCUAUCCCUCGAGACAUCGCUAAUAUAAAGGGAUAGGCUCUGCCUCCCUGCCACCCAACUUUUACCAAAUUAUGAUAAUGAAUAUAUUUCAAAAAACUUGAAACAAAAAGUCAGACCGCGAGCGGUCGUCCUUCUUUCCUCAUUGCCAUACGCGGCGAGCGAAGAACUGUGUUUUUCUUCCAUAGUUUCACCAACUUUGCAGGGAUGGGGAGAGGAGAAAACAUUGCCACACUUAGUCAUUCAGCUCUUUUACCUGAAAUGUAAAUAUUGUUUCCAUAACUUCCUUCUCUUAUCCCCUCUUAUGAUAAUCGGCCCUUAGGGACUCAUUGAUAAUCAUUAAUGGCAUUCACUUCAUGUCACUCUUUUUAAACGUAACUCUAUUUGCAGACAUCCAAAUGGAACCGACAGGACAACAGACCGUCCAGGAGCAUCCUAAAAUGUCGAUCAAGGUUAAUAGGAAUUUACACUAUAGGCAUUUUCUUCAGGGCAUAGCUAAUAUAGGGGAAUGGUUACGAAGCCCGUCAGACUCCUUUAAUAUAUGUUUUUGCGGACUUCACGCUGCACAAAUUUUAAGCCAUUAAAGCGAAUAGCACUCCGAUUAUUUCGAUCUUAUUGACCAUUUAAAAUUUUAACGUUGCGUUUACUGCUGGUUUUCAGUGUCACCUCAUUCAAAGUAGAUCAAAACAAAAAUCAAAACCAUUUAACAGAUAAAGUCCCGAAUCUGGGAAAUGAAAGGAGGUAAAUAUACAAAGACCCUCGCCAAGAUCUGGGUCGAAGGAAUAAUUCGUGUACGAGAUGUCCAACAAGGAAAUGUUUUACCCAAAUUUAUAGAGCUUUGUAUGGAGAUGCCAUGCUGGAGCUCAUCCGGAUGAGCUCCAACAUGGCGGACGGAAACCAACACAAACAUCUGUCACCGAGUUUUGCUACAAAAGCGUGAAUUUACUCCUAGAGGAACUCAUAAACAUUAAAGUAAUACUUUUUCUAAUACUUGAACUGUUUAGAUAGCAAAAUUCCUCGAAAAAAGUCACCUUUUUAAGCCUAAAUGACCGCCUUCUCGGCCGUCAUGUAAAUGCUGCGUCACGCAAAAGCUUAGAAAUUCAAGCGUACUCUAUUACUACCAAGAACCCUUUUGAAGCGAAAAUUUGUUUGAAAAUUAGCUUUCAGCUGCUCUAAUACACCAUGAGGGUAAAAUCUCAGUAGGAUCGAUAGUUUUGUAGUUUGAAUUUUAGUGACGUCAUCUGAAACCAACAAUUCAUCCCGUCACAAUUUCUAAACAACAAAGGGUUGUGCACGGUCAGGGAGCUUCCAUAACAAACAACAGAAACGUUGUUUUCAUCUUUGAUGCUUGCCGCGUUUCAUAACCAGGGUCCUCUACUAUCUAAGUUCACUAAAACAAUAAUAACGUCGAAAAACAUAUAACUUCCUUAUGUUAGGAAGGUGCUAUAAGCCUCGGCCGAAAGAAGGGGAUCAAAAGCAAAAUUAAAAAGGCAAAUAUUUGAUGGAACACUUAAUAACCUGACUUCAACAAAUUUCUAUCAUGCAUUUUUCAUCUAUUUAUUUUUAUACUUCCAUUAUACAAUAAGGAAGCAAUGCUCAGAAGCUUGAUGUUUACUUUGGUUGUCCUUCUUGGAGCAGCUGUGGCGCUGACCAUAAUCCUUCUUAUGGUGUUAAAAUAA